AUGUCGAGCUUCAUUUAUCAGCUCAAUAACUAUAAGUUCAAGAAGAUUGGACUUCAAACAUGGGAAUAUGAAAAUUAUUGGUUUCAAGCGGAGAAAAAACACUUGCUGACUAACAUAAAGCGGCGAAGAAACAAAAGUCUAAAGAAAGAUUUUAAUCAAGAAACUUACUAUUAUUGGGUAGAGGAAGAGUUGAGGAGCCAGAGAGAUCUCAACGAUACGUUGAAGUUAGAAAUCAAGAAGCUGAAGGAGAGACAAGACGAUAUGACUAAUGGAAUCGCCUCUCUAAAGGAAUACUUGGAAAAUUCAGAGGCUGAGUCCAGGAAACUUCUUUGUUUCCUGGCCAAAAAAGUUAAGCAAGUUGCAAUCAAGCAUGGUAUGAAAUGUGGAGCAGAAGAUAAAAUAGAAAGUAGUAGCAAAAGCUCGGGGAAGACGAAGAUGGAUGAUUUUUCAUCUAUUAAACAAGUACACGUUAUCGCGCUGAAGCCUGAGAUUGAGAGGGGAAGUGGAUAA